AAAAGAAAACCAUUCUCUCUCUCUCUCUCUCUCUCUCUCUCUCUCUCUCUCUCUUUCUCUCUGAGAUAUGUGUGGGAACAAGUAUUCCCCACUAAGAACAUAGAGAAACAUUCCUUGCAGCAUCUAGCAAGGUUCAUUAAUAGAACUGCUCCUGUAUUGCCGAGAUCAAACACAACAACCAAAAGACCCUUGCAUGGAUGCUCAAUGGACUACGCAGGGAAUAGGAGUUGUGAAGGAAGUAGAGAUCAGCAACACAAGGCAGCCACAACUCCAAGCUGAGAAGAGAGUGAGGCCUUACAAAGAGCAAUCAUUAAAUUGUCCAAGGUGCAAUUCAACAAACACAAAGUUCUGCUAUUACAACAAUUACAGCCUCAGCCAGCCAAGGUAUUUCUGCAAAACUUGUAGGAGGUAUUGGACUGAGGGUGGAUCCUUAAGAAAUGUGCCAGUUGGUGGCGGCUCAAGGAAGAAUAAGAGAUCUUCUUUAGCUAAUAACUCUUCUUCAAACCCUACUACAAUGACAACAUCAUUGGUUUCUUUGACUUCGCCAAAUCUACAGCCUACUGAGCCCAUUCCCACUGUUCAAAUCCCUAUUGCAAGCUCCAAAUUUUACCAAGGAUCAGGUCAAGACCUGAACCUCUCUUUUCAGAACCAAAGUUUGGCUCAUCAUGAUCAGCUUGGUGCUGCUUCUGGUUCUAUCUCAGCUAUGGAGCUGCUGAGGAGUGGAAUCUCUGCAAAAGGAUUCGCACCUUUUCCCGCUGCACCAGGAUCAGUUUUUGGAUCUGGGUUUGGGUUUCAGGAGCUCAUGAGGCAAUCUAAUUUGAAGCUUCCAUUGGAUCAUCAUGGUCGGUUUAGUGGAAGCAUGCAUCAAAUGCAGGAGGGAGGAGGUGGUAGAUUACUGUUUCCUUUUGAAGAUUUGAAGCAAGUUCAUGUGAAUAAUGGAGGACAUGAAGAAGAGGAUAAUGGAGUUGUGCAAGAACAAGGGGAUCCUGGUUUGUUUUGGAAUGGAGCGAAUGGACGUGGAGGAGGAACAUGGUAAUUAGAGAUGAGCUCGCCAGUACAAAAUAAUUAUGUGGUAAGUUGAAGAUUGACAAUGAAAUAUGAUGAGAUCGAACAUGUUUGCUUUUGUUUUGUUGUACUAUUCUAUAUGAUAAUGUUUGGUUUGUGUUUGAAGUUUGAUGCUCAGAAAUGGAGCAGGUUUGAUAAGGGUCCAUGAGAUUUAAGUCAGAUCUUCCAUUAGUUAUCUCCUCCAUUUCUUUUUGAGCAAUCCUUUGGGCUUGAUGAAGCUUCUUAGAGGUAGGCUUCAGUAGAAAAUUUGUUAAUUAUCCGGGUGGGAUAUGACACAGGAGGCUUAGAAUGUCCACUGUGUUUGCUUUUCUUUUCUUUCUUCCUACAGGUAGUAGGAAUUGCAUUUUGGCCUGAAUUGUGUCGUUUCCAAUGAAUCACUACUCAUGCAUUAUAUGUAUACAAAUGUUAUAUAUGUGUAUUUCUGACUUUUCUCAUAA